AUGCAGGUGCCCUGUUCAGCCUGCGGCGCCUUACACUGGAUAGAUGAGCGGAAGAGCACUACCUCUGUAACAGACCCGCGAUUUACUCUCUGCUGCCUGGACGGCGAGGUCGACCUGCCAGCCCUCACACCGCUGCCGUCGUACCUGUAUCAGCUACUCAACACGAAUACUCUAGCAGCGCGGCACUUCCGUAAGGAGCUACGGGCCUACAACGCUGCCUUUGCGUUUACCUCGGUAGACUGUACACCUACCAGCCGUGGGGCGCAGGGCCCUGGCGUGCAGGUGUUUCAGAUCCACGGGGCCCUAUACCACCGCAGCGGCCCUGUAGAGGUUCUCAAGGGAAGCCUGCCGCAGUACGCUCAGCUAUACUUUUACGACCCACAGUACGCUGCCAACGCCCGCCACCAGCGGAACAGCCACUUACAGCUCCAGAUUCUCCAAGAUCUAACGGCAAUGCUAUAUGAGAUCAAUAACCCAUAUAUAUCUAUAUACCGCACAGCCCAGGAUCGGCUCAACAGUAGCGCUGCAGACGCCCGCGUCAUACUAACCAGCAGGCUUACACUAGCCCUAGAGACUGGGCAGGACCGCCGCAGGGAGAACGUACCUACUAGCGAUGAGCUAGGCCUAGUGAUACCUGACGCAGCAGGUGCAGAGACGUCCCGUCCCAUCGUCCUAGCGGCCCGUAACUCCAGCGCCCUGUUUACUAUCAGCGCCGCCCACCCAUCUUACAUGCCGCUACACUACGUACUGAUGUUUCCCCACGGGGAUUCUGGGUGGCGGCCGGGGCUAACGCUCCGUAACCAGGACGGAUCCCGUCUGCAGACGUCGCUGACCCAGCAAACCUACUAUCGAUACUAUCUACACCCCCGCCCUGGGCAGACUACAAAUCCGUUCCGCUUCUACAGGCUGUUUCAGCAGUACGUUGUGGAUAUCUGGGCUAUCUGCGACCAGGCCCGGCUGGCCUGGAUCCGAGCAAACCAGGCACAGCUGCGGGCAGACCUGUAUAGCGGUGUUGCUGAUGCCGUUAUGGGCAACAACGACGCCCAGGCAGGCCCUGUUGGACGCCGCGUUGUCCUGCCGUCGUCCUAUCUAGGCAGCUCACGAUUUGUCAGCCAGUGCUAUCAGGACUCUAUGGCUAUCGUCCGUCGAUAUGGCCGCCCUACCCUGUUUAUCACUUUUACAGCUAGCCCAUACUGGCCAGAGGUUGCCCGUGAGCUCCGCCCUGGGGAGACAGGCCUGAAUCGGCCUGAUCUAAUCUGCCGGGCCUUCCAUCUGAAGGUGCAGAAGCUAGUAGCCGAUGUGAAGAGCAACCUGUUCGGCACCCAUCUGGGCCACGUGUACACGAUUGAGUACCAGAAACGGGGCCUGCCCCAUAUACACCUGCUGCUGUUCCUGACCCCACACAACCGCGAGGCGUUCACGGAUCCUGUAACAAUUGAUAGCACUAUCCGGGCUGAGAUCCCUUCCCCUGUGGAUGACCCAGACGGCCUGCUUACAGAGGUUGUACGGACCUUCAUGCUUCACGGGCCAUGUGGGGAGCACAAUCUGCAGGCCCCGUGUAUGGUGCCUCAGCGCGACAGCGCCCCGCCGCGGUGCUCUAAGAACUUUCCCAAGCGUUACUGCCCAUCUACAGUGGUCCAUAAGGACGGGUACCCUGAGUAUCAGCGCCGGGAUGAUGGCCGCACGCUUGCUGUACGGUGUAAGGGCCGUAUUGUACACCUUAAUAACAGCUGGGUUGUCCCGUAUAACCCUGGUCUGCUCCGUAAGUACUGGGCCCAUAUCAAUGUAGAGGUUUGCGGCACUAUCCACGCUAUCAAAUACGUCCACAAGUACAUCUACAAGGGCACUGACAGGGCAGUACUAAACGUCUCAGAAGCAGAUGAGGUUAAGCAGCAUCUAAACGGGCGAUAUAUCAGUCCAUCUGAGGCUGUUUGGCGGCUGUUUGAGUACCCAGUACACAUGGAGCGGCCCACUGUAGUGCCCCUAGCGGUCCACCUACCGAAUGAGCAGAUAGUUACGUUCCCUGCUAACGCUACUACUGCAGAGUUAUCAGCCCGCCUGGAGCGAUCUGUAACUACGCUUACGGCGUUCUUCCAGCGCAACGCUGACCAUGAGUAUGGCCGUGAGGUCCUAUAUCAGGACUAUCCAUCCCAGUUUGUUUGGCACCUCCCGUCACGGACCUGGCACGUGCGUCAGCGCGGCACUGCGAUUGGCCGCAUGUACUUUUGCAGCCCGCUACAGGGUGAACGGUUCUAUCUACGGCUUCUCUUGACUACCGUACGGGGUCCACAGUCCUACGCGGACCUGCGUACCUUUAGCGGCACAGAGUAUCCUACUUUCCAGGCCGCCGCAGCUGCCCGCGGGUUACUGCUACACGAUGGAGACUGGGUAGCCUGCUUCCAGGACGCCGUUACGUUUGCCACAGGCCAGGCGUUACGGUACUUCUUCGUUGCUGCUCUCUUAAAUGGGCCUGUUACAGAUCCAGCUGCUAUCUGGGCAGCCUUCCAGGCGGAUUUGUGUGACGACUUACCUGAGGCUGCUGCUGCCCUGCUAGUAUCCGCAGAUCCAGACGCGUACCUUGACUACGGCCUGUAUCUGAUAGAAGGGCUGCUGGCAGAGUCUGGCAAACGUCUUACGGAUUUCUCACUCCCUGCGUGCCAGUUCAACUGGGGAGUACGGCUGCAGAAUCAGCUUCUUGCCGCUGAGCUGGCCUACGAUACAGACGGGCAGGACACUGCCUUCUGGGACACUGUUACAGGGCUGAAUAUGGACCAGCGCGCCGUAUUUGAUGCCGUUACUGCCGCUAUUGAGGCUGACCACAGCACUGCCCACUUCUUCGUACAGGGCCCAGCAGGCACAGGCAAGACGUUCCUCUGGCGCUGUAUAUGUGCCUACUAUCGCUCUACAGGCCGGGUGGUCCUGUGCGUUGCGUCGUCGGGUAUAGCUGCUGUCCUGCUGCCCAGCGGCCGCACUGCCCACUCCCGUUUCCGGAUCCCGUUGGAUAUCCACGACGAUUCCAUCUGCCCUGUUGCUCCAGGCUCGGAGCUUGGGCGGCUGCUGCAGGCCGCUACUCUAGUUAUCUGGGACGAGGUGCCUAUGCAGCACCGUUACUGCUUCGAGGCAGUCCACCGUAUGCUGCAGGACGUCCGUAGCUCCCCUGCCCUGUUUGGCGGCCUCCCUGUAAUUGCCAGCGGCGAUUUUGCCCAGAUCCUACCCGUCGUCCGCCGGGGCCAGCGGCCUGCCAUCGUCAACGCCUGCCUGCAGCAGUCUACGCUCAUAUGGCCGCACAUGACCGUACUGCACCUGCGUCAGAAUAUGCGGGUGCUAUCUGGGGCUGACAACACCUGUUUUGCAGCCUGGUGCCGGGGACUGGCUACCCGUGAGAUGGAUGGCCUGAUCUCCAUCCCAGACUGGAUGACCGUCUACUACAGCCUACAGGGCUUCCUGGAUCACGUCUAUCCGCCGCACCUCCUCCAGCAGGCUGCUGCGGACUAUCAGGUCCUCAACGGCCGUGCUAUACUGGCCGUACGGAACGACGCAGUGGCUGUAAUCAACGCCGCAAUGCUUGCUGCCUUCCCUGGUGAGCUAGUAGAGCUGGUUGCAGUGGACUCUGCUGAGGUUGAGGACAAUACAACACAGGAUCUGCCUCCCGUAGAGCUGCUGCAGUCCUUUGAGCCCCCGUCACUGCCCCCGUCACGCCUUCUGCUCAAGGUAGGCGUACCAAUAAUGCUUCUACGGAACCUGUACCCAAGCCAGGGGCUCUGCAACGGUACCCGUUUAGCGGUUACACAGAUAUCCUCCCGCUGUAUCCAGGCCCGCAUCCUAUCUGGCGAGUUUGCAGGCCAGCUCCGCCUGCUGCCACGUAUCAGGCUCACUUCAACCAGUAGAGAGCUCCCGUUUAUCGUCAGCCGGGUCCAGUUUCCAGUUCGCCUCUCCUUUGCAAUCACUGUAAACAAGUCACAGGGCCAGUCACUCUCUGUUAUAGGCGUUAAUCUGCGUCACGCUGUGUUUACACAUGGCCAGCUAUACGUAGCUAUGUCCUGUGUAACUACACUUGCAGGCCUGUCAAUCCUGCUGCCAGCACCUGAUACUAGCGAUGAGCCAUCCUUACGUCACCGCCUAGUUAUUCUGCCGUUACAGGUGCUAUUGUGCCCGCAGGUUGACCUUCACCUGACCGUACAAUCCAGAUACAGUAUAGCCACAGGCCCUAUAACGUCAUUUAAUAGCUGCCUAUUCACUGUUUUGGCCCGACAAACAGAAUAUACUAUUCACGGUGAGCUACAACACCAAAAUAUCGCAGGUCUUGGCAGCCGCUAG